AUGGAGGGAGAGACGCUGCCGGCCGAUCAAGACGUGCCGCGAGACGACAACAAGCCUCGUGAAUGCGAAUGCAAUGCAGAGGACGGUUCUCUAGUUUCCAUGGACUGGUUUCCUGACGACCUAUUGGAACAAAUCCUAGCCUGCCUCCCGUUCGCAGACCUUGUCAGAGCAGGCGUUGUCUGUACUCGGUGGCGUCGAAUUAUUAAUUCCGAGACUUUUCGGAAGAAACUGUUGCACGGUGUAUCCCACAGGCCAUGGUUUGUCCUUCACGGGUUUCUUGGCCAACCCGCAUGUGCUUACGACCCUGUCCACAACGUCUGGUGCGAGCUCAAAUUACCCAGAUUCGAAUUCAGUUUAUACUCUAGCAUCCUCGGCUUUGCAUCUUCCACUGGCUUGAUUUGUGUAUACGGCAAAAGUGAAGGUGGUAUCGGCCAGUUAUGUGUCUGCAACCCACUUACGAGAAUUUGCAGACACAUUGCACCGGCCCCGAGUGUGGAAUCUCAGCUAUUCGCGACCCUUGCGAUCUCGGUUAGUAGGACAACACCAAGUUAUAGAGUCUCGCUCGUGACUUCGAAAAUUCCCCCAGGAAUUCAGGUCGGAUAUGAACUUUCGAUUCAUCUCUACGAUUCCGAAACAAGGAUGUGGAAGACUUGCAUGACAGAGUACAUGAGAAUUUGGAGAUGCUGUAACGAGAGUGCAAUCUGUGAUGGGGUUCUGUAUUUCUUAAUUAUUUCGCCGUCCACUGCUUCACGUGAAAACAGAUAUGGCCUGGUGAUGUAUGACCUCUCCGGACGAUGUUCCAAUGACCUGUUAGCAAGCUUUGUUCCGGUUCCUCGCCCUCACGGAUACGGACGUCUGAUGAACAUGAAGGAGAAGCUAGUCUUGGUCAUGGACAUCGACCGAUAUAAUGGAGUCGGCAUUUGGGUCUUGAAUGGCAGGGAGUGGCGUGAGAUUGCUCGCUCACCUGAUGAUUAUUUUCCAGGACUUGGAUCGAAUGCUUGGUUACGUAGCUGUGGCUUGAAUGAUCUGAUAUACAUCUGGAGCGGCGAUGGCCACGAUCAUCCUUCUCCUUACAUUGCUACUUUCGACAUGAACCAGAAACAGUGGUCGCGGAACAACCUUGCCACGGUCCCUUCACAGGACUAUAAAGGUUUUUGCUUUGAACCGCAGCUCGACAUUGUUCCGUAA